AUGGAUAAUCUAAUUACAGCCACGUCUGUCAGCUCUGGUGGAGGUGUUGGAGGAAGCAGCAGAAUGGUCACAAAAUCAGCAACAACUACUCGACUGACAUCUCAAAGUAAGCUCGCAGGAGGAUCAGGUGACAGAGCUGCGUCAGGAGGCUCUGGGGGCACAAGCAGCUCAGUUUUGAUCACAUCCAGCAGCUCCCAAGCCGCUGGCUUCGAUGGAUCCGGAGGCAGUAAGGGCACCGGAGGCACCAGCGCCACUACUCUCGGAGCCUCCUCUUUUGUAUCCUCAGGUGGAGAAAGUUCAGCAGCUUCGGGGGGCUCAGGGGCAGCAGCGGGGUUCAGGGCUGCUGGAGGGGGAUCCUCUAGCAUGUCCUCUGGUUUUGUGAGUGAUGGCAGAGAAGGAAAAAAAGACGGGGGACUAGGUGCUGUGACAGUUUCAACAGUGACGAAGAGCAGCUACAGUUCAGGAGGAUCUGGGGAAGCAAAGCGAGGAUCUUCCUCAGCUGUCACUCAUUCACCUGUUCUCAAAGAGAGGAAGAGCAUGAGCACCAUGGCAACAGCUCUCUCAGAUGUCUUCUACGAAAGUUCAAGCACAAACUCCUCUCCAGAGUACAACAGGAAGGAGUACGGCACUUCACGUGCAACUUCAAGUUCUGCCACCAGAGGGAGAAUCCAUGGCAGAGAGAGUGAGAUCAGAGCCAGGCUUCAGAGUGCUUCUCCUCCUGCAAGUUGGACGGAGCUGGAUGACGUGAAGCGCCUGCUGAGAGGAAACCGCUCCACCAGCACCAGCCCCACUCGGUCCCCGAACAACACGCUGCCUAUCCCCAAGAAGUUCAGCGUUGAAACUACGGUCAUGUCUGAGAGCUCCACAGGGUCAACCAAUCAACUGCCAGACCACUAUAGCGGCGUUUGGUCCGGAGGUGUGAGCGGUAGCUACAGUUACAAUACCAACCCCAACAACCUGUCAGCUAACUCCACCCUUUACUCAUCAGGAGUUCAGAACAACCUGACACUCAGCUCUCCCGCCAUGUACAGUGGACUAUCUGCAGGCAGCACUGUUCCUAUGUAUGGUGUUCAGAAUAACCUGGUCAGUACCAACCCCAUGGCCCUCUCUCCCACUGGAGCCAACACACACAUAGUUUAUGGCGUGCAGAAGAAUGUGUCUGGCACUGGAAUCGGCACAACCACAGUGAGACCCAGCUGUCCCGUUAAUGACGAGACCUUAGGCAAGGACUUUAAGUUUGUGCUGAUAGAGAAGGAGAAUGCUCCAGUGAAGAAGGAGACAGAGCGGCUGAUCAUGACCAAAGACACAGGGAAGCAGUUCAUGUCUGAUGCACCUGCUCUUGCUUCUGCUACCUACUUUGGAGACUCCCUACAGAGAGAGAAACAGAAGCUAUCAUCCAGCACAAUGGAGGAAGGAACAGAUGCUAAAUCUUCAACCAUAAAAGCUGCCACAAAGGACAAAGCCACCUACGCAGAGAUCCGUGAAGAUGACUCGGUCUUUAGCUUCUGCUCCUGCUGCAGCUGGUGGAAGUGGCUGCUGGGCCUCCUGCUCAGCCUGCUCCUCCUCCUCGGCCUCCUCUUUGGACUCAUCGCUUUGGCUGAAGAAGUGAAACGCCUCAAGAGCCGUGUCGAUGCUCUCGAAGCCAUCACUGGCACUGCGUCAGCCAGGUCCAGCCGCUUGUCGGCCUCCUCUGGCAUCAACAUCAUCGACCCGCUGGACUCGUACAUCGACAGGAGUUCUAGUGGGUCCACCCUGACCCGCUCUGAUAAUGGGAUCAACCUGGGAGCAGCUGGGCCUGGGGCAGGCGCAGGGAGUGGACUGGGACAGGACAGCGCUGCCCUGCAGAGAGCCGUCCAGCAGCUGGUCAGGGCUGAACUCCGCUCGGAUUCUGUAAGAGAUACACUUGCAUACUCACUAAAAGGAGAGAGAGGAGAUCCAGGACCUAAAGGUGAUCUAGGGCUGCUUGGACAAAAAGGUGAUGGAGGCUUUCCUGGCCUUCCAGGUCCUUCUGGGCAAAUGGGGCACUCAGGAUUGGAUGGACCGAGGGGACCAAAGGGAAGUGCAGGUGAACAAGGUUCUGAGGGCCCACCAGGCCAGAGGGGCCGGGACGGACCGACGGGCUCCCGUGGAGAAGCUGGACCACAAGGUUUUGGAGAAAAGGGAGACAGAGGCGAGGCGGGACGUCCCGGUCCUGCUGGUGCUACUGGACCUGUGGGGCCGAAAGGUGCCAUUGGAGAGCAGGGUACCUCAGGAAACCUCGGUGCGCCGGGUCUAAAGGGUUUCCAGGGUGAAACAGGCGCACCAGGAGAAAAAGGUGAUCGAGGAACACCAGGGGUGUCAGGAACCAAAGGAGAUCUGGGCGAGAGGGGAACACGUGGUCUGGCAGGUGAACCAGGACAACCUGGACCACAAGGCCCUGCUGGACCAAAGGGAUCUAAAGGAAUAACAGGAGACACAGGUUCGAUGGGACUUCCUGGUGUGAGAGGACCACCUGGACUUCCUGGAGAUGUUGGUCCCCGAGGUACUACCACACUGUCAGAUUAUGCACUGUUCAAUUUCUCAAAUAUUGUCUGAGGACCCUCAGGUGAUCCAGGAGCACCUGGAAAAAUCAUCGCUCCAAGUGGCUCUAAUACUGUGGCCAUUCCUGGACCACCAGGGCCUGCUGGGCCUCCAGGUCGUGCUGGAACCCAUGGUCUGUCUGGUCCCAUUGGCCCCGCUGGUGUCCCAGGACAAUCCGGACCGAGGGGAGAACAAGGAGACAAAGGAGAAAAAGGAGAGCAAGGAAAACCUGGUGAGCCUGGUAGUGUCAAAAGUUCAGAAACUGUGAGUGCCACCCAAACUGACAAACUUUUUUCCACAGUGGCUAGCCUGCCUGGUCCACCAGGACCUCCAGGGCCUGCUGGAGCACCUGGUCCUCAAGGUCCUUACGGCGAGACUAAACAGGGUCCUCCAGGACGCAGAGGUUCUGCAGGAGAGCCAGGAGUUGGUUUACCUGGAAGUCCAGGAGAGAAAGGAGAACCAGGCAGCUUUGUGCCUACUUCAGAAACCUUUUUUGCUGGAUCACCAGGACCCCCUGGCCCACAGGGUUCAACAGGUGACCAAGGACCACAGGGGUACCCAGGUCAAUCAGGUCUUCCAGGGAGUCAAGGAGAACCAGGUCGUGGUUUCCCAGGUCAGCCUGGUCCUAGGGGGCCUGAGGGUCCACCAGGCCCAGAGGGGUCAAAGGGGACACAAGGACCUAAAGGUGGCUCAGAUAGACCUGCAGCCCCAGGCCCACCUGGACUCCCUGGUCCACCUGGAAGAGAUGGAAGUGGACCUGGAUCAACUGAUGUGGGCCAGUACAUUGCAGAGUACCUUCAGAGUGGUGGCAUCAGACAGUACCUGGCUGGAUCUCCUGGGCCUCCUGGUCUUCCAGGGGCACCGGGAACCGCAGGGGACGGGCUGGUGGAUGAUGUGACAAACCGAGUUAUCGCCUACAUCCAGAGUAGAGGACAUCACGGGACUCCUGGCCCUCCAGGUCCUCCUGGCUCCAUCUCUGUCAAUGACGUUGUCAACCUAUUACAACGAGAGGACGUGAGGCAAUAUGUUGCUGGUACUCCCGGUCCACCAGGACCACCUGGAGCUCCAGGCCCUGGCAGCUACGGAUUCAACACCCAGGAGGUGGCUGAACGUGUCAUCAACCUCAUGAAUGAGAGGGGGUUGGUAGGUGUCCCUGGACCCCCUGGGCCUCCUGGAAACUCUUUAUCAACUGGUUAUCAAUCAGUUGUGGGUCCUCAGGGGCCUCCAGGUUCCCCAGGUUUCCCUGGUCCACCUGGACCAGCAGGUCCAGCUGCAGGAUUUGGGCACCACAUCAGUUCUGACAUUCGUGACUACCUGCAAAGUGUCGACUUCAGAGGAAUACCAGGCCCCCCUGGUCCCCCUGGACCCGAGGGCCCCCCUGGUAGAAUCCAGGGACUGGUUUCCUUUGCUGAGAAUGCCAACAGAGAGACACUCAUAGCAGAACAACAACAAUACAUCAUGAGUGACAGAGGAGCUAUGUUCGGAUUGCCUGGUGCGCCAGGCCCUCCUGGACCCCCAGGACACAAGGGAGAGCCAGGUGUAUCCGGCACCAGAGACAGCUAUCUUGAUACUGGAGACUACUUCAGUAUGGCUGUCAAAGUAACUGAUUACAUCAAAUCCCACGGUCUACUCCGUGAUGUUGUGGGAGACUCUGAACGUUUUGUUCAAGGAUCUCCAGGGCCUCCUGGACUUCCAGGAAUGCCUGGACACAACCAAUGGGUUAGUUCCAGUGAAAAUGUCGUCGAUGUUGUGGAAUACAUCAAAUCCCGCGGUGUGCUACACGACAUCGUGAAGGAAUACAACAGUCGUGUCUUCCAAGGACCUCCAGGACCACCCGGCCCUGCAGGUCCUCCUGGAUACAGCCGCCGGUUUAGCUCCCAAGGAAAUGUCACAGAUCUGUUGGAAUACAUCAAAUCUCAUGGCCUGCAACGUGACUUCGAACAGAACCACAAUGAACAUGACAUCCAAGGAGUGCCAGGACCACCUGGCCCUCCAGGCCCCCCCGGAUACAGCCGUUUGUUUGGUUCCCAUGCAAAUGUCACUGAUUUAGUGGAAUACAUCAAAACACAUGGAGCCAUUGUUGGACCACCUGGGAGACCAGGACACAAAGGGGACAUGGGAUUCCCGGGGCCCAAAGGAGAGAGAGGAGGAUCCCCUCUGCUGGCUAAAAGAAGGAGGGACGUUGGUGUUUAAGAGUCAACCUACUGAAUAUAUGGAACUUUAAGUUUUACGUGGAGUCUGGUUGGUAUAAAGGUGGUUAAUGUACUGAAACACACAAUUCAUCCGUUUUUAUAAAUGAUUUGAUUGUAUUUUUAUAUUCCUGAAUUUCUACUGUCCCGAAUUGUCCGUGUGAAUCAAGGAUUAUGUAUAGUUUAGAAAUAUCUUGUUUGAUACUGUAUUGCUAUCUUUUAUUUUGUGGGCUUGAAUGAGGAGUUGUCUUUCUCUGAUCUUUUCAUACUUGACUUGAUUACGUUUUGUAACUGAUAUUGUUUAAAUACAAAUGUUUAUAGAAACUAAGUCUUUCAUCACUGUCAAAUAAUUACACAUGUAUUACUAGGUGGAAAGACUAAACACAACU